AUGAAGUCUUCCAAUGAUACUCUUCCGUCAAGCAAUCUGAUUCGAGAAACCAUUAUUUUUCUUGACGAACGUCGAGACUGUAGUUCAUCAUCUAACCCACAACAAUCACAAGAAGCAAGAAAGACAUCAACAAUCGCAUUACGAGAAGAUGAAAAACUAAAAAACGGUAGGUCUAGCAAAUCUCGACUAUUCCUAGCACCGACUCCUCACAAAAAGUCUGUAGAUCUGCAAUGCUCGAAAACGCGCAAUUUAAAAUCAAAUAAUGAUAAUCUUCCAUCGACAUUCGAAGAACUUAAAACGGAACUGAAAACCAACAAUGAUGAAACGACAGAAGAUCCUACUCAAUCGACGAUUGGCACAACUAAAAUUGAUCAAAAUCUACUAAAAAGUGAAGCGUGCAGCUUGCAAAAUAGCCAAAAAACAGAAGAUACGAUAAAUGAAACGGUCAUAGAACAGCUUAAUCUGUCAAAAGAUACAGGCCAAAAGCUGGUAUCUUUGGAAGAAAAACUUGCAGAGAAUCAAGAAUUGAAUAUCAUCGGUAUUAUGAACCUAUCGUCGAUGAAUUUAACCGAUGAUGAUAUUCCGUCGAUCUUGCAAAGAGCUUUUGUAGAGCAGAAGAAAAAAUGUAUUGGCCUCAUCUUGCGAGAUAACGGUCUGACAUCGGUUGGUGUGAGAAUGCUCGUUGAUGCAUUACUUGCGACACGAACAAAGUUAGCAUACCUCAGUUUUUCUAAUAACGCCGCUAUAGGAGAUCGAGGCAUUGAACAUUUGGCUCGUUUACUACAAACGAAUCGAUCAAUUACUUUUCUCGCUUUACCCAAUACGGGUAUGACAGAUCGUAGCGUUCGACUACUAGCCGACAUACUUUGCAAUGUUGAUCCGAAGUCAUCGUGUUCACCUCUCGAAAAACUGCAUAUCUCGUUCAACAAAUCGAUUACUGACGAAUCACUCGAAGCUCUUACACAAAUACUUGAACAAAAUCAAACACUUAAGGUACUUUCAGUACAACAUUGCGGUUUGUCAGACAAAGGUCGAAGACGAUUGAGACAUGCGAGUGCGAAAAAGAAAAAGAAAAAAUUCAGUCUAUCUGAAUAA